GCUCCCUAAUUUCAGCCUUUCACAAGUGCUUUCUCUCUUAUAUUGAGUCCACACUCUCUCUCAUCUUUCUUCACCAUGGCGAGCACAGAUCCUGAGCACAGAGAAGAGGAAGAAACCGCUGGAGCCGAAGAUGAAGACACCGGAGCACAGGUCGCCCCAAUCGUCAAGCUCGAAGAGGUCUCUGUGAGCAGCGGUGAAGAAGACGAAGAUGCAAUUCUCGAUCUGAAAGCAAAGCUCUAUCGAUUCGAUAAAGAAGGAAAUCAAUGGAAGGAGAGAGGUGCUGGUACUGUGAAGCUCUUGAAGCACAAGGAAACUGACAAAGUUCGUCUCGUUAUGCGCCAAUCCAAAACUCUCAAGAUCUGUGCAAACCAUCUUGUUCUUCCUACUAUGUCGGUUCAGGAACACGCUGGGAAUGAAAAGUCUUGUGUGUGGCAUGCGGCUGACUUCGCUGAUGGUGAACUGAAGAAUGAACUGUUCUGCAUUAGAUUCGGAUCAGUUGAGAAUUGCAAAACCUUCAUGGAAAUGGUUCAAGAGGUUGCUGAAUCCCAAAAUAAGAAUGAGGAAAACAAGGAUGCAUCUGCUACUGCUGGGCUACUUGAGAACCUGAGUGUUGAAGAUAAACAAACUGAAGAGAAGCACAAGGACGAGGCGCCCGUAGCCAAGGAAGCAAAGGAAUCUGACAAGGAGUCUGGAAAAGAAGAUACUGAAAAGAAUGAUGAGGAGUCUGUUUCCUCCACCUAAGGUAGAAACAUACCUAUACUCUGCCCUUUCAACUUGAUAAGAUUAAUUAUCUCACUUAGUUUGCCAGCCAUUCAUCUUACUUCAGUCUGGACAAAGUGCCAUCUGUUUGAUUUGUUGGUGGAAAUGGUAUGGUUUUGUUGGUCCUGUUGUCCAUGUCUGCCCAUAUUUGGUCUGUUUGGGUCCUCUUUUUGUGUCAAGGGUCUAUGUUGUUCUGGCUCCAGUACUGUGAGUGCAUAUAACUAGGUGUUUUCCCCAUACUAUUGUCGACCUGGUGUAAGUUGCUUGUUGAGUUAUGAUGGUGCUGUGCAGCAAAAACACAAUGUCACAAACAAAAGUUUUUCUUGGGAUAUAAUUCUUGAUUGAUGGUUUCUUAUUUUUUUCCCCUUAUUAUUAUGAGUAGAAUCGAUACUAGUGCUGACGUUAGUAUGACUUGAAUUACUGUUAUCACAAUACAUGUUCUGGUGGUGAUAGCAAAGCUCUUUCAUGGUGCAUCAUUUAUCAUCGAAGGUCAGUCCAUGUUGCUGACAACUUCAGAAAAUCUGAAUUUGGUCUUCAGUUCAUCCAAAACAACCAUUCAGACAAGAAUUAGCCAUCAGAAUUUUAUCAUCUAACCUGAUCAGAGUGAGUGAUGAGAUGACGUCUAAUUCUGAUGAGAUGGUUGAAUCCUGUGCGAGUUCGUUUGUCUAAAGUUGACCGAAAUUCAGAAGAUGCAUAUCUGUGGCUACUAGCUGCGCAUUGUUCUCGGUUUUUUAAUACCUUAUGAUGCCAUUAUUUUUUAUUUUAAUACCUUAUGAUGCCACUAUUUUUUAUUUUAAUACCUUAUGAUACCAUUAUUUUUUAUUUUAAUACCUU